AUGAAGGCAAUCCAGGUCACCGGCUCCAAAGACAGCCACCAGAUUGUGCUCAAUGUGGCUGCCGCCAAACCCAGUCCCCAGCAGGAUCAAGUCCUUGUCAAGGUCCACGCAGCAGGCAUCACUGCCGACGAGGUCACCUGGCCGGAGCUGUACAGCAGUUCUACUAGGAUUCCUGGCCACGACAUAUCCGGCGUCGUCGAGGCCCUCGGCCCAGACUACGCGGGGCCUCUCGAAAUCGGCGACCAAGUGUUUGCCAUGCUCAAGGCAAUGUCGGAUGCCGGCGGACAGGCCGAGUACGUUGUCGCCUCCCCAGAAGAAGCUGCCGCGAAGCCGACUUCUGUGUCGCACGCGCGGGCUGCUGCGCUGCCCGUUCCAUUCCUGACGGCCUGGGAAGCCAUCUACAAGCAUGCAAACGUGCGCAAGGGCGGCAAGGUGCUCGUCACGGGCGCCUCGGGAGCUGUCGGACUCAUGUUGGUACAAAUCGCAGCCAAGGUCCUGCACUGUCAUGUCGUCGCUCUAGCGUCGGCCAGAAAGCACCUCCGUCUCAAGUCGUUGGGGGCUGCCGUCCUGGUGGACUAUCGCUGGCCCGCCUGGGAGGAUUCCGUCAUGAAUAUCGACGCCGUCUUUGACACGGUUGGUGGCGAAACCCUCUCCAAGGCCUGGAAAUGCGUCAAACCAAAUGCUAGUAUUGUGACAGUGGCUGAUCCGCCACCGCCGUGGGCGUUUGGCAGAGCAACUCCUCAAGAGCUGAAGGAGCAUCCGGAUGUAAAGUGGGUUUAUUUCGUUGUCGCAUCGAGUGGUGCGAUACUGUUGAAGUUGACGAGGUUGUUGGACGAGGGCAAACUAGCCCCGAUUCCCGUAAAAUCGUUUGGUAUCGAGGAUGGACUCAAGGCUUGGGACUAUGCUGGUCGGAGAGACAGAGACGGUAAAGCCGUCAUCGAGUUUGCACGUUCGAGUGGAUAG